UUCAUCUAUUGUGAAAUAUAAUGAAAACGAUUUUGGUUAGUGUUUUAACGUGUUUUGUAAUCGCUUCGGUAAAAUGUUCGUUGCAAGAAUUAAACAAUGAUGUUAUUGAAAAUGAUGAGAAAAAUUUCACUGUAUCAUAUGACAAGAAAUUAGGGAAAAUACAUAUUUUAUAUGCUGUGGGAAGACGAGAACCGGUCAAUUUUUGGAGAGUAGAGGAAUCUGGUGGUGGUGUCUAUGCUACAUACGUCCUAAUCAAGUCCAUACAGGACUCAGACCGUGCGAUUGCAUGUAUAAAAGAUGGUGGACUUCACCAAAACCAUGUUUCGACAUUUUUCGAGGCAGUUGAUAUCAUGUACAUUGAAUAUUUCAUUGAAAUUUAUUCAUAUUAG